CAGCCACCAAUUAAAGAAGAAAGAACAACUCCCAGUCCUCUUCUUCUACAGGAUGAGAGAUGUCCUAUUCCUCUUCUUCUACAGGAUGGUUCAGAAGAACAUCAAAGCAUUUCAUAUGAGGAUAUAGAUGGAAAUAAGGUCUCAUGAAAGGUUCCCUAUGAUCUGUAGAAGUGCUGUGAAGAUCUUGUGUUCAGUCUUGUUUUAUAAACCAGUAUUAUAUGUUUUAUCCUUGUAUAAUGAGAAAGGUAGAGAUGGCAGGAUUACAGCUAACUAUCGACCUUGCAUGUCGUCUGGAUCUUCUCACAGUUUUCUGGUCAGUAGAGACCUCUGGUUGGAAAAAGGAACCAACUAGAUGCAUAUAUAUAGAAGACCUGCAGAUAUUUUUGGUCAGACAAUGAAACAUGGCACAUGUAGAUCCACUGUGUCUCUUGAACAGAUUUGACAUGGUUCGGCUCAAAGUGUGUUAUAUAAGUGAGCCCCCCUAUCCCUGCACUUUAUCCCCUGUACAGGGACGUGGACUUUGUUGCAGGGGAACCACUAGGCUGCUGCACUUGAAGUAGUUUCUGUACAAGUGACUGGUGACCCACGGGGUCAGGAAAGGCAGAAUACAUGCAGUCCGAUAAAUGGUCUGUUGUCAGGACAAGCAGCUCAGGAUCAGAACGGAGGUCAGGCAAGGGUCAGGUCAGACAGCAAAGGGUCCAAUCUAGAAGUCAGGCAGAAGUCUGUACACAGAACAAGCUUUGCAUGAAACUAGCAAACUAGAACCUAUUGAUCAGGCUCCUUUCCAUGUCUUGUAGAGAUUAGAGUGCGUGCAUGCCGGCCCUAUAAGAGCCAGAGAUAGUGUGUGCACACAGAGAAGGUCAUUAUCGGCAGGAAGCAGGCCUCAGCUUGUGUGGGAGGACAGCGUUAUUCCAGCAGCCGGGACCACUGGGAAGGGAGAGAGGGAUGUCUGUGGGACUGGACCACCGGAGCCCUAAAGCUAUGGAGCAGCUUUUAAAUCUGGAUAAAGAUCUGAACAAUAUUACAUCUGAAGAUACAUAUGUGAGGGGUGAUGAGCAGAUCAUAGAGGACAUUCCCAAAGAUAACCACCCAGAUGACUGUACCAGGAGCUCAGACAAACAUUUGAUGUCAGAUUUUAGAACAGAUGAGUGUGGUGUCACAGAAGAUACACAUGAAGAGCAUGCCAUUAUCUCGGAUGUAUUCUCAGGCUUUCACAGCAAAGAUCUAUUAUCUGAUCUUUUGGAUGGAUUUCAAUCUUCUGAUUUAUCACAGACUGUUAAGCAAAAUAAAAACAACAGAAGAAGUGUUAAACAUCAAAGAAGUCACACAGGGGAGAAUGCGCUUUCAUGCUCAGAAUGUGGGAAAUGUUGUAAAUUUAAAACAGAUCUUAUUAGACAUCGGAGAACUCACACAGGGGAGAAGCCAUUUUCAUGUUCAGAAUGUGAAAAACAUUUCUACCGUAAAUCACAUCUUGUUAGACAUCAGAGAACUCACACAGGGGAGAAGCCAUUUUCAUGUUCAGAAUGUGGGAAAUGUUUUCCUGAUAAAUCAACUCUUGUUGCACAUGAGAGAAUUCACACAGGAGCAAAGCCUUUUUCUUGUUUAGAAUGUGGGAAAUGUUUUACUGAAAAAUCAACUCUUGUUGCACAUGAGAGAAUUCACACAGGGGAGAAGCCAUUUUCUUGUUUAGAAUGUGGGGAAUGUUUUACUGAUAAAUCAACUCUUGUUAGACAUCAGAGAACUCACACAGGGGAGAAGCCUUUUUCAUGUUCAGAAUGUGAAAAACAUUUCUACCGUAAAUCACAUCUUGUUAGACAUCAGAGAACUCACACAGGGGAGAAGCCAUUUUCAUGUUCAGAAUGUGGGAAAUGUUUUAGGGAUAAAUGGUAUCUUAUUAACCAUCAGGUAAUUCACACAGGGGCAAAGCCAUUUUCUUGUUUAGAAUGUGGGAAAUGUUUUACUGAUAAAUCAAAUCUUGUUGCACAUGAGAGAAUUCACACAGGGGAGAAGCCAUUUUCUUGUUUAGAAUGUGAAAAACAUUUCAACUGUAAAUCACAUCUUGUUGCACAUGAGAGAACUCACACAGAGGAGAAGCCAUUUUCAUGUUCAGAAUGUGGGAAAUGUUUUACUAAUAAAUCAACUCUUGUUGCACAUGAGAGAAUUCAUACAGGGAAGAAGCCAUUUUCAUGUUCAGAAUGUGAAAAACAUUUCAACUUUAAAUCAUAUCUUGUUGCACAUGAGAGAACUCACACAGGGGAGAAGCCAUUUUCAUGUUCAGAAUGUGGGAAAUGUUUUACUAAUAAAUCACAUCUUGUUAGACAUCAGAGAAUUCACACUGGAAAAAAGCGAUUUUAACGUUCAGAAUGUGAUACAGUAACUAGAGAUGAGUGAACUUUAGAAAAAUUCUAUUCUACAGCUUGGUCAAAGUUCAACAAGAAAUUUGAUUCAUUCCAAAUUAAUUUGUCAUUAAUCACUAUGUUAAAACCCUAUUCAGCCUAUCAAUCAAUGAGACCAUUUUUAAUGACACCUUAGACCAAAGUACACCCAUCUAACAGCCAAUAAAAACAGUAAUACACUAGUGCAAUAUGGCCUUUUGGAUUAAAAAGUAAAAUAAAAAUCACUCACCUCAUCCAUUUGCUCACACAGGGGCUUUUCCGCU